AUGGUGGAUAAUAUCUUGUACAGCAUAAUUGCAGCAGCCCUGGUUGGUGUUGUUGCCAUCGUCCCCACAGUCUCGUGCGCGAAACCGCCGUGUUCCACAAGCUCCACGCCCGUCUGCCUCAACCUUCAGAAUUGCACAAAUGUUGAUGCUUGGGGCUUACAAGUCGAAGUUGGCACGAGAGGUCAGGCGCGUCAGAAGAUAUGUCUUGUUCCGUCCACCGUUAUAAAUGCCACCUACACUUUGGGUUCGGAGAUAUGCAACAACGACAACAGUCUGAACAAAACAUGUCAGGCAAGUCACGGUGGUACUUUCGACAGAACUUUGUUGGCCGGUUUUACCAGCCGUAGCACAUCGGUGAACGGUGGGGUCGAGGGCUUUUGGGACGACCUAAACGGACCCGUGGAGACCUUUGGAGACGUGGAGUUUGCGGUCGCCGGUUUCACGCAAUUGAAAAACUAUGAAAUUGGUGUUGUGACAAAUGGUACAAAGUUUAAUCUUGGACAAUUAGGACUCGGUCCAAAGUCGUCAUUCUUGCAAGCCUUGAAGGAUCAAGGGUUCAUCGAUAGGUUGAUGUUCGGCUUCGAUGCAGGAAGCCAGAGUCCGUAUAAUCCUCGCCCCGGUCACAUCGUUUUGGGCGGGUACGACCAAUCUCGAGUCGCAGGCAACUUUGCGGAGUUCGAUAUCAACUAUGAAGACACAGAAUUCAGGCCGUGUCCGUUCAGGGUCGAGAUUCAAAAAAUCGACGUUCUGUUCGAGAAAACAAUGAAAACGACAGCAUUCAUAGAUCUGGAAUCUCGGAAUCCAUACGCAUGCAUUGAACCUUACGACAAUUUGUUCCGGUUCCCUUCCGGAAGGCUAGCAUCACUCGAAAGUAUAGGCCUCGGACAAGGAAGGGUGGACAGUGACUGGUUGCCAAAUCUGCAAGUUAACGAACCGGGCUGGAGAUACAAAGCUGGGAAUCCAGGAGCAUUCUCUCUGGAUAUCGUCUUAAAUGGACUCGACGAGGAUUUCAAAAUAGUGAUUCCGAAUGAAGAGCUUGCGCAUCCGCUCAGAGGGAUCGAUAACAAUGGGACAUGGGCUGUUGAUAGGAAUUACACGGAACUGAAUAUAUUCCAGGAAUCUGCCGUCCGUAAUACAAUUGUGCUCGGAAAGGCGUUUCUGUCGCAGGUUUAUCUAGCUGUCGACUACGAAGCAGGGAAGUUUUACCUGGCAGCUUCAUCGCCCUCGACGGCCGGUUGCAAUCCCGCACCGUUUGGUUGUUCGAACGAACACGACAAGAAAGCCAAUUCAAUCACUGUCGCUGGAUACGUCGGUCUUGCGUUCGGAAUAGCCUCGUUUUUGAUAUUGGGGGUCUUAUUGGGCUUGGGUAUCUGGUUCUGGAAAUCGGGUAGGCUGGAUCGGUAUAGACGGAGGGGGGUAAACAUCACCGAGAGGGUGCCAGACUUCGGAACUUAUACCCAGCAAAACACGAAGGAUAUGAGGGUUCUGGCGCGGCAGGCGUCGCUACGACCCUGUAGUAACGAGAGCCCCGACCGGCAAACGUUCGGGUCCGCGAUAGGACUACGGAGGACGAUGUCCUGA